AUGCAGCCGCCAGAGCUGACCCUCAUCGUGGCAGCAACCCGCACCAUGGGCAUCGGCCUCCACGGCACCAUGCCGUGGACUGGCCUCCGCAAAGAGAUGCAGUACUUUGCCCGCGUCACCACACACGUCCCGCCACAAUCCCCAGCCGGAUCCGUCAACGCAGUCAUCAUGGGCCGCAAAACAUGGGACUCCGUCCCCCCCAAGUUCAGGCCCCUCAAGAACCGGCUCAACAUCGUCGUCUCUCGCUCGGCGCCGGGCGAGACGCCCCCGCCGGCACCCUCCUCGCCCGUUUCCGAGCCCGUGCGCGUGAGGAGCCUGCAGGACGCUCUGGCGCUUGCCAAGGCGCACCCGCUCGUCAGCCGGGUCUUCGUCAUGGGCGGCGGCCAGAUAUACCGGGAGGCGCUGGGGCGGGACGAGGCGAAGCGGGUGCUGCUGACGAGCAUAGAGGGGGACUUUGAGUGCGACACGUUCUUCCCGCUCGACCCGAGCAGCGACGCGGCCAGGGACGCGGGAUGGACGAGACGGUCGGCCGCGGCGUGGAGGGCGUGGACUGGCGAGGAGCUCCCACAGGCCCAAGAGGAGGCCGGUGUCAAGUACGAGUGGCAGAUGUGGGAAAGGAGUUGA